AUGGGCGAGAGUCAUUUGGAAGCUGAUAUGUAUUUCCUGAAACGCGAAACGCUGUAUGAGGCGGAAAAGCCUUACGGCAUGCGAUAUUAUGCUGACGGAGUUCCUCAAUCAAACAUACGUCGCGAGAAGCACAAAAUUACCCUGAAUGACAUCCGCAAGCUUGAGGAGCCGCCGUCGGUGGGCGUGCAAGGCUUUAGCGUCAUGCCAUUGGAGUCCAGAAUGACCUAUGAAGACUUCAAUGACUACAAUAAGAUUAAAUCUGUCUAUCACGAAGACCUCAUCUCGGCCUUGAAGAAGAAAUUGGGUGCAAAGCAUGUCUUUGUCAUGGACAACGCGGUUCGCCGUCGCGAAGCGCACUUUCCGGUCUCUCAAGGAAGAAAUUAUGAUUGGGAUCAACCCACAGCUAUGUGUCACAUUGACUUCACACACGAUGAAGCUGUUCGCAUGUUGACAACUCUCUACGGCAAGCACGCACCUGAAAUUCUGACUUCCCGUUGGCAGGUCAUUAAUGUGUGGAAGCCUCUGCGUGGUCCAGUACGAGACUGGCCUUUGGGAAUUGUUGAUUCUAGAACUGUUGAUUUCGAAAACGACACCAUCCCUUCGGAUGUUGUCUUUCCAACAUGGGUUACGGAGAACAUGCAAGUCAUGUAUAGUCCAAGCUAUCGAUGGUACUACUUGUCCGACCAGAUGCCAAACGAGGCUACCAUAUUCAAGAGUGCUGAUUCUGAUGCGUCACAACCGAGUGCAUGCCCCCAUGCAGGAUUCAACAGCCCUAACACCCAAGCUGGGGAUCCGGCUCGAGAAAGUAUUGACUGCCGCGCAUUUGUGCUCUAUGCAGAUCUAAAAGAGUAUCCUCAGCAAGUGGGAAAGCUCUUUGAAGGUAUCCACGGUCACAUGACUCUUUCCGCGACUUCCGUCACAUUUGACCCCCUCGAGUUCAUGGCGACUUUUGAUACCCAAGUCGGCAGCAGAUUGGCAAUAUCAGAGGCUCUUUCCAAUCCAAAUCCAAACGUGGAUUUGGUCCUGAUACCUGGAGUUGGCACCGCGGCUGUCCGGGAAUGGGGAAUCUGUCAGCCAUCAUGGCUCUCGAUGUUAGAGCGAGAACACACCCGCCUCAGAAUUCUCGAGUUCCAGUACCAAAUUCCACUUGAUGACCACUUCUCCUGGCAAUUCUUCCUCGAUCAAGGCGCCAAUCUUCUCCGCGAACUCUCUCAGCUUCGGAGUGCCACCGAUGCACAAAAGCGCCCGUUGCUUCUUAUGUGCCACGGUCUUGGAGGAUUCAUCCUCAAACAGGCAAUAUCUAUUGCAAACUUCCAGUAUCCGAGAUAUGAUCUCCUGCUCAAUGUCAUAGUUGGCAUGGUGUUCCUUGGCACGCCGCAUAGUUCACCAGGAGACGACACUCUCUGGGAGCAAUGUUUAUGGAUUUUGAGAGCGGCCAACCCGGGGAUGUCGAACAAGCAGGCGCUACUCCAGAAGAAAAAUGACACAUCCCUGUUGACUAACUUAGGAGCUCGGUUUCAAGAUGUCAAUACCAAUUUAGACAUUUUGUCGGUGUAUGAAGAGAGGAAGACUAUUAUCCCCCGGACUUUCACAAGCAAGAAACUGAUUCUUGUUGACUUGGAAUUGGCGAGGAUCGGCACACUGCGAGAGCAAUGCUUCGGCUUACCUCUGUCACAUCUCGAUCUAUGCAGUCUGAAGAAUGAAUACGGUGAGCCCAACGUGCAUAUUAUCAACUGGAUGCGAACUGUUUUGAGAUACUCUAUCAGCAAUGUAGAGGAUCGGAUGCGAUCAUAUCGAUCACGAGCUCCAUCUGACCACAGAUCCGACAGUGGCGGCUCGAAUGAGGCCGCCGAGUACGUCCUCAGCCGGAACGAAGGAAGCGCAGAGGCUGGAAACACUGGAGAGGGCCAAUAUGGAUCCACGACACUUGAUCUGGAGGUGAUUCCCAUGGUGGAGGCUUUUGCUCCGUCAAGAAGGCAGGCGGUAUUGCCAUGCAGAUCCCUGGGUGGCUACCCGCGGAAUACAGAGUUCACGGGCAGGGUUCGAGAAUUGGAAUUGCUUGACAGCGUAUUGCUUCCUUCUCAAGACCGUCUGGUAUCUUCCGAAUCUCAAGCAUCAAGACAUGUUACUCUCUGCGGUAUGGCCGGUCUUGGAAAGACAGAACUCGCUUUAGAGUUUGCACAUUCCCGUCAAGAACGAUUUGAUGCUGUUUUCUGGAUCCAUGCUGACACCGUGGACAAGCUAGAGCGUGAUUUUGCCGAUAUCGCCGUCAAUCUGGGGCUUGAAGAUGAUAAAGAACCUCGGGAUCUCGUGGUCAACAGGGAGACAGCAAAAGACAACCCGGACGUCAUCAGUGAAUACACACACAUAUUCGGGUCUGGAUCGUGGUUGAUCACCAGCCGACAUCCACUGGCGAAAACAUCGUUUUCUCGUGAUACUACAGUCCUGGACGUGGAACCACUGGACGAUCACACAGGUGCCCAGCUUCUCCAGAGAUUGACCGGCGCAAACGACGACGACCAUCUCUCGUUGAUGGUAUCACAACGACUUGGCGGACUUCCACUGGCUAUUGCUCAGAUGGCUGGCGUCAUUCGCCGCCAGUAUAUGCUUCUCAAAGAUUUCCUAGAAGUCUAUGACGACGACACGAGGAAUCCGAUGGACUCCCCAACGGGGUCGCUGAAGUCGUUGAACGUCCUAGAGCUUGAGCUGGAGCAAAGACCGGCGAGAGCCAGAGGCUCAAUCGCGUCCAUCUGGGCUAUUGACGCGCUGACGCCGUCCUCGCGGAGUUUACUCGAGGCGAUGAUCUUUCUGGACCCAGAUUGCAUACAAGACUACUUGAUGAAAGACCGCUGUGCUCAAGUAAUCACGGAUGCAUCUUUUCCGAGGCGUCUAAAGGGGUUCUUCACGGCCCGUGCUGCCUUGAUGAACAGCUCCUUAUUAAAGACGGUUAAUGACGAUACUGGCGUGAGGAUUCACAGGGUCCUUCAGGACGCCGUCAGAGUGAACUCGAGACGCAAAUUGGACGUAAUUUUUGCAGACACGGUGGCUGUCUUGUGCGAAGCGUGGCCUUCUGCUGCCAUGCACAAGAUCCACGACGUCGAGAGGUGGCCACGAUGCAAAGAAAUCUACCAGCACGUCAGCUAUCUUCGAGCCGGGUACAAGGAGCAGUUGCUUGAAGGCAAGAAUCUAUCGAAGUUUCAAUACGCGAAGCUGUUGUAUGAAGCUGGAUGGUAUCAACACGCAAAAGGAAACUCUUAUGCUAUUCGCGACAUGCUUGACGAAUCAUGGAAAAUUUGCCAGACUUGCGAACAAAGCCAGCAGAGUCGAAACCUACUCGCGGACAUCCAUUACACAAUGGGUGCCAUAGCUAGCGAGACCAACGAUCCGGAAUUGUGCAUGAAACACACAAGGGCUCUCCUGGAUAUGAGAACUCAAAUUGCCGAGAAGACCGCGAUCAGAGAUGUACGCCUAGCCAUUGCCUACAACGAAAAUGGAAUAGCAAGAAUGAUGUCUCGCGACUUUGACGGAGCCGAGAAGUGCUUUGAAAGCGCGAUUGACGUGUACAGCUCGCUCCCGGACUUCCGAAAGGACAUGAACACCGUGUCACACACAAACCGAGGUUUGGCUGCUUGGCUGAAAGGUGACUUCACCCGUGCAAUCAAGAUAUUCGAGGAUGCAAUUCGAGACCGGGAAGAGCUUUUCGGGUUUCUGGAUAAAGAGAAUUUCCGUUGUGGGCGCUUGUGGUAUGGUCUGGGCAACGUGAGAUGGAGCCUCGGAGAAUUUCAGCAGAGCUGGGAAUGCCAUCAAAAUGCUUUCAAGCAAGCUCAGGCUACCGUGGGCGUUCGACAUCAUCGCUUCGCCGACAUUUGCCAUCGAAUUGCACAGCAUUUGCUCCGCCACAGCAACCUCAACCGUGAUGAAGAUCGAGCCUUAUCGAAAACACAUCUCGAGCAAGCUCGUGAGGUUAUCGACCAAGCUUUGGGGAUCUGGGGCACGCACCAAGCUACCUAUAGACCUGAAUUGGCGCGCUCCUCCUUCCUCAAGGCCAAAAUCCUUCAUCGCGCCGGUGCGGUAGACGAUGCUUCAGCGCUUUUCAAAUAUGCAGCCAAAUCAUGGAGGGAACUCUCCGGAGGUGCCAACAAACCGGGUCGGGACUUGACAGAAGAAGAUUUCGAUGAACUUGUCACAUUCUGGUCCAAGUGA